UAAGAGCAAUUGGCUGCUUUAUACACGGUAUAGGGUUUAGGGGGUGUAUUAAAUAUAGUGCAGGAUUAUAUUUAUAAUUAUAUUUUAUUCAUUUACAAAUCUAGUUUUUAAUAUUUUACUGAAAUAUGCUGCGAUUAGGAAGAGCUGCCUGUCUUUCCCGGAGAGGGUUUAGAACUUAUCCCUGUGCAGCUGUGGAAGUUAAAAAUGAGCCAAUCCUUGAUUUCAAGCCAGGAAGCUCUGAAAGGGACGCACUCCAGAAGGCACUGAAAGAGUUAAAGGGGAAGACGGAGGAGAUCCCAUGUGUGAUUGGAGAUGAGCAUGUCUGGACGAAGGAGAUCAGAUACCAGCUUUCACCUUAUAAUCAUUCUCACAAACUGGCCAAGUUUUGUUACGCUGAUAAGGAUUUGCUCAAUAAAGCUAUCAAUGCCUGUAUGGCUGCCCGGAAGGAGUGGGACCUGAAGCCGAUUCAGGACCGAGCGCAGAUCUUCUUCAAGGCUGCCGACAUGAUCAGCGGACCCCGGAGAGCAGAGGUGCUGGCAAAGACCAUGAUCGGCCAGGGUAAGACCGUGAUCCAGGCUGAGAUCGACGCCGCACCUGAACUGAUCGACUUCUUCCGCUUCAACGCGAAGCAUGCUAUCGAGCUGCAGCACCAGCAGCCUCUCAGCAUAGAGCCCAGCACCAACACCAUGCUGUACCGCGGCCUUGAGGGAUUUGUUGCAGCUGUUUCACCCUUUAACUUCACUGCUAUCGGAGGAAACCUGGCAGGGGCGCCCGCUCUGAUGGGUAACGUGGUUCUGUGGAAGCCCAGUGACACGGCCAUGUCUGCCAGCUAUGUCGUAUAUAAGAUCCUCAGAGAAGCCGGUCUGCCCCCAAACAUCAUCCAGUUUGUGCCGGCGGAGGGGCCAGUGUUUGGGGACACAGUGACAGCCUCCGAGCACUUAGCGGGCAUCAACUUCACUGGCAGCGUGGCAACCUUCAAACGGCUCUGGAGACAGGUAGCAGAGAACCUGGACCAGUAUCGAAACUUCCCUCGCGUUGCAGGAGAGUGUGGGGGGAAGAACUUCCAUUUCGUGCACAAGUCUGCGGACGUGAGGAGCGUGGUGAAUGGGACGAUCCGCUCAGCCUUCGAGUACAGUGGGCAGAAGUGCUCAGCCUGCUCCAGGAUGUACGUCCCGGACUCCCUGUGGCCCCAGAUCAAGAAGCAGAUGCUGGAGUUGCACAAGCAGCUCAAAAUGGGAGACCCUGUUGAGGAUUUCAACAAUUUCUUGUCUGCUGUUAUUGAUGACAAGUCUUUUUCCCGUAUCAAGAAGUGGCUGGACCACGCGCAGUCCUCUCCGAACUUGACCGUCGUGGCAGGGGGGAAGUGCGAUGACAAAGUCGGCUACUUCGUGGAGCCCACCAUUAUCGAGACAAAGGACCCUCAGGACUCCAUCAUGAAUGAGGAAAUUUUCGGUCCAGUCCUUACUGUGUAUGUGUACCCUGAAAAAGAAUACAUAGAAGUGCUGCAGAUGAUUGACAACACUUCCCCUUUUGCCCUCACGGGGGCAGUGUUCGCCCAGGACAAGAAUGUUAUAGCCGAGGCAUCAAAGGUUUUGAGGAACGCAGCCGGCAACUUUUACAUCAAUGACAAAUCAACGGGAUCCGUCGUGGCCCAGCAGCCGUUCGGAGGCACACGUGCUUCAGGCACCAACGACAAGCCUGGCGGCCCCCACUAUGUGCUGCGCUGGACCAGCCCUCAGGUGGUGAAGGAGACCCACGUCCCCCUGACUGAGUGGAGAUAUCCCUACAUGAUGUAAACCAGACCUUCCCGGCAAUUUCACGCAGGAGCACAAAGUCAGGACCUUCCCAGACAGUGACAGGCUUGUCCAACUACUUUUCAAUCAACUAUUUAAAAAAAAGAAAAAAGUACCAGUAUUUAAAAAAUAACGUAACCGUUUUUGGACUGUUGAAUACUUGAGUAAUGCAAACCUUGCUCAGCAUACACUUGCCUUGUGAAUUCUGAACCCUGCUACAGUAGCUACAAUGUCCAUAACAGCAGGCUACCCUGAACUUUGCUACAGAACUAUGUUGAAAGUGUUUUUUUAGGCCUGGUGAGAGUUUCCAGUGUCCAUCUAUUGCCGUCAAGUCCAGUGACCUAACCUGUAGUGCCUGAAACUCCCACUAGCCCCAGGCACCCACCAUGGGUCUCAGAACUGCCUUUGUUUUAGGUAUACAGUAUUAUUGAAAUGAUCACGUGCCAGGAGUUUGAACCUUCAGGCCUGUGGUAAAUCAGCUCUGAACUGAUUGCGCUGUAGGUUUUACUAAUAGAAGUAGUUCAUGCAGCAAUCAAACUCAUUGUUUUAAAAAUAUAUUAAAUUGACUGUAGUUCUGAAUCCCCAGACUGAGUGCAGGGCUCUGUGCACAGCUAGUGUGAGUUUAAAGCCAUGCUUAUGAAAGUGUACUGUGGAUGUAUAUCAUGGUAAAUGCAUAGUACUAUAUAUAUAUUUAAGUAGGACUUGCGUAAAGAGAAUUGAGGAAUGGUUUGUUGGUGCUGGUCUUGACUGAUAUAAAUACCUACAAAUGUGUGUUCUGUUUCUAUAGCGGAGCAGAUAGAGGGUCAGGCUAAUGCUGCAAGCCUGUGAUUUAAAAAAAUUAGCCUGGCUCCACCAAUGCAGGACUGCAAACAAAUAGUCACACAGCCUCCUGAACCCUAGCAGUCGAGAACCACCGAGGUAAUGCAGUAUCUCUCUGUGGCUUCUAAAACGCAGAGUUCAGAAAAUCUUUUGGCAGCUUGUUUUUAGCAAGAUUAGGGUUUUUCUAAUGUAUAAUACGACAGGCAUAUAAUACAACAUAGAUUGUAUAUGGUUACAUAAAAAAGGUUACCGUGACUCAGAUUUUAAUCCUAAUUAUAUAUA